AUGGAUUAUGAAAUGGACAUCGAGCCCACAGGGCCCCAAGUGACCGUGCGAGAGGCCGAACCCUACCGCGUCGACUUCAAACUCAGCUCCGUCGACCUCGCCUUCGCCAACUCCGUCCGCCGCGCCAUGCUCGCCGAAAUCCCCACGAUCGCCAUCGACCUCGUCGAGGUCGAAAUGAACACCUCCGUGCUCCCCGACGAGUUCCUCGCCCACCGCCUGGGCCUCAUCCCCCUCAACUCCAAGAACUGCGACCAGGACGUCGAGUACACGCGCGACUGCGAAUGCGAGGACCGCUGCGCGCGCUGCAGCGUCACCCUGUCCUUGCAUGCGCGCUGCACCGGCGACGAGGUCAUGGCCGUGCAUGCGCGCGACCUGGUCGUCAGCGGCGAGCGGGCCAACGAAUGGGUGGGCAACCCGGUCAUCACGGAUCCUCAGGGCCUGGGUCCCUUGAUUUGUAAAUUGCGCAGCGGUCAGGAACUGAAAAUGACGUGUAUUGCGAAGAAGGGGAUUGCUAAAGAGCAUGCGAAGUGGGCGCCGACGGCGGCGAUUGGGUUCGAGUACGAUCCGCAUAAUAACCUGCGACAUGUGGAUUAUUGGUACGAGGAGGACCCUGCUAAGGAAUGGCCCAUCUCCGCAAACGCUGCCUGGGAGCAUGCCGCUCCCCCCGACCAACCGUUUGACUACGACGCCGAGCCCAACAACUUCUACUUUGACGUCGAAAGUAUCGGCAACCUAGAGCCGGACAUGAUCAUCCAGCAAGGCAUCACGGUUCUGCAACGCAAACUCGCCUCGGUCAUCUCUGCCCUCUCCGGUUCCGGCGAGGGUGACCACGGCGGUAUCAUGGGUGUCGAGGAGGAUGAUAUGAUGGGAGUGCGCAGCCCCGACGCCUACGAACCGCCGGAGGGCAUCGACGGUGGAUUCACGGCCUAUGCCAAUGGCAACGCCUCUGCCUGGGGAGCCAGCGCCGCUACUCCAUACGGCGCGACCCCGUACGGCGGCGGCGGCGGCUAUGGCUUUUAA